AAAGGGGAGAAGGGCCGGUUACAAAAGAUGGGCUUUGAUUUUGACAGGCCUAAAACGAUUCUUCUUUAUUUAACUGAAGGCCCAGAUGUAAGAGAAUGCGGCGCCGUUUUUAUUGGAAGGUCGGCGAACGCACUGGGAAAACAUGGGCUUCAGUCAGACAAAGGCCCAAGAACCCUCCUCUCUUUUUAAUUGAAAGCCCAGAAAAAUGAAAUCGGGCAGCGUUUCGAUUGAGAGGUACGCGGUCGGCCAGCGAAAACGAGAAAUCCCCGCAAAGUGGAAAAACGGGUGCCAGAAACGGUCGAAACGCGAAACGUUUCGUGUUCUCAAAACCAAAAUCGAAACGCGAGAAAUUGAAGAGAAAUUGAAAUUGACGAGAUCUCGCGAUAUCACAAAAUAUCGCGAUAUUUAUGCGUUUUAUUGACUUUUUCGCGAUAUAUUGACCCUAUGCUUUAUUGGCGGUUUGAGUAGCCAGAAAAAAAUGGGGAAAACAAGAGAAAUCCCGGAGGACGAUCGCAUAGAGACACGGGGAACCAACAGAAAACAUAGUACAUUCAUGAAUUGCGCCCAAAUUCCUGCAUCCAAUUGCGAUUUGGAUUCCAGAAUGGGUUGGGUGGCCGGAAUUCCAGCUUCAGAUUGUGAACUUGGGAGUCGAAGCGAGGUUGCAGAAUGUCUCGGGUUUCUGGUUCUUGGGCAUUGGACUCUACAGUAUCGACGAUUACUGCUUGAUUUGGGUCAAUCGGGAGCUAUGGUGGAAGCAAAAUUAAUACUCGUCGAAGUUCAGAGGACCUUCGAAGAGCUGCACCUCGAAUAUAAGCCCUACCCUGGUGCUAUUGCUGCUUUGAACAAGUUGGCAACAAAUGGUGCGAAAAUGGUGAUCAUAAGCAACUCCUCACGUCGUGCGUCAGUUACUAUGGACAAGAUGAAGGCACUGGGAUUCAGACACAUCUCUCUUUGGCCUUAAUUUGCUGGAGUCAUCACUAGUGGAGAGUUGACAUAUCAACACAUGCAAAGGUUGGCCAUCAGUUACGUUUCGAUCCCUUUGGUUGUCAAAGCAAUUGGUUUGGAAUAUGAAUCACGAUCAAUGCGACUUGAUGAUUUGUAAUUGAGCUCUUGAAUUUUCGUUAUUUGGCUGGCUUCUAUUACGAUGUAUUAAUUGUUUCCAACCCAUGUCCCAUUACGUAUCUUGUCGACUAGAUCCGUCUUUGAUGGUCGACUCUGCCGCUUUCUGCUUUGAUUGACUAUUGAACAGCUUUAGUGCUUAAACAACUAUAUAUAUUGCAUUCUGUUUGAGCUAUUGUUUCCCUGUACUGUUAUGACAAGUAGGAGAGAUGAUGACUGGUUUAAUUUGCAUUGCAGCACUAGGAAAGUCAUGCGUUCAUAUCACCUGGAGUGACCCUGGACCUGGAGCUAUAUCUCUUGAGGAGUAACAUACUUAAUCCUUUGUUAUCUUCACAAUCAAGUAACUAAUUACGUUUAUUUAUGUUCAAGUAGUUGUGCUUAUGGUUCGUAAUUGAUGGUUUGAAAUAUGAUAACCCUCCUUGCCUACGAGUGACCAGGGUCUAGGGUUGCAGGUUGUGGACAGUGCUGAAGAAGCUGAGUUUGUCUUAGCACAUGGCACUGAAGCCUUGGGGAGUUGUUCUGGAACCACUUCUCCUGCAACUCAACUCUCGAGGAGCUUGCUUGAGAAAAUAAUGGAGCACUGCAUGUGCUCUGCUAGAAAACUACCAAUGGCAGUAGAAAAUCCAGAUUUUGUACCGGUUGAAGCAAGGUCCCUACCCUACGUGUGAUGCCAGGUUGGUAACUCCUAUGUAUCCCCUAAUUAUUCCUUUGUGCUGUCCUCCAGAUCUUUCUGUAAUGCAAUCAUAUAUAGGUUAACCAGAAAAUUUCUACUAGCAAUUUGAUAGCUGUUCAGCUUACUAAUGAAACCAUUAUGGUACAGUACAGUGUUUAGCAAGCAAUUUGACCUUCCUUGCAUGGAUGUUAAAUUCAGGUACAUUAAUUGGCUGCUAAUUAAGUACGAUCGAGAAGCUUGGAGGAGAUCCAAGUGAAGUUAAAUUCAUGUUUGUAUUAAUACGAUCAUUUGUUCUCUUAUUACCAGAUAAUUGCCAGACGCCAGUGAUGGACAUGGCUGGAAUCAAUCGGAGUAGUCUCUGAACUUGGUGUCGGAGGAUCUAUCAUCUGUGAAAGCCCUUGAGUUGAAGUAUGCCACUUCCCCCUUCCUACGUCUUAAUUACCAGCAUUUGCAUGGUAAGGGCAGAUUCAGGUCAGCCUUCUCAAUCCAACUCCAACUCCAAGGAUCCAUGUUUAUGAAUCGGGCGGUAUUAGUUUUCUCAGUUGCACGUACGUUAUCAUGUCUUGUUUGUAAGGUGUAUGAAGGUAUUAGAUAAACAACUUUUGAUUUCAUUGCAUUUAAACGGUAACAUGCAUGUGCCAGAUCAAUGAAAACAGAAGAAGAAGGAAAUAAACAGUAUAUAUGAGACAACUUUUAUAGCUAGUACUAGGAUCAAUACCCGUGGCUACGCCACGGGGACUUAAGUUGUAUCAACAUGACCGUAUGGCUGGUAGUUCAGAUGACGAUAGAUAAGAACCGUCGUAUUAUAGGCAAUGAUGUGAGUUUUAGAGUAUUGGAAGUGUGUUCAUGAAAAACAGUCAAGUAAAAUCCGAUUUAGCUAAAAUUAAUAACCUUGGUAUACUAAAGUUCAGAAAAAGAAUAUGUUAACCGUUUUAGUUUGGUCGAUAAUGGUAAGUUGCUGAACUAACUGCCACCAAGAAAGGAUACGUUUAAAAUUGAUGCUCUCCACAAUCCACAUCAAUAUAGAACCUAGUUGUGGUUGUUCUGAUUUGGAGGGAACUUGGUGAGCAGUGUUGUAAUUUAAUUUAUAUAUAUUAAACUGGACAUGUAAAGGCAUGCUUAAGUUGUAUUCUGUAUUUACAAACGGUUAGAAAUAUGGUGAUGAAGCUUUGGGUAUCAAUACAAAUAUAAGAAAUUGUCCUGCACAUU